AUGUCGACCCCAAUCACCUUCUACGACAUCGCAACCAAACCCCCAGUAGAAAAAACCUGCUGCUCCCCAAACCCCUGGAAAACCCGCCUAGCCCUGAACUUCAAAAACCUCCCCUACACAACAAAAUGGGUCCCACUGCCCGACAUCACGAAAGUCCGCACCAGCCUUAACAUGCCCGCCUGCCGCAAAUUCGCCGACGGCACAGACUUCUACACCCUCCCCAUAAUCGAGGAUACCGCAACGAACUCCACAAUCGGAGACUCCUUCGACAUCGCUGCCUACCUACAAAGAACAUACCCAGACUCAGGCGCAGACCUGUUCCCCGCACAGAAACUCGAUUACGUCUUCAAUUGCGGUCCCGCGGCCAUACCGUUGACCGAGUGUCGCGAGAGCGAAUACCCCGAAUACGCGAAGUUCAAUGUGAACGUCGACGCGGCCUUUACGGCACAUGUCCUGCUGGCGAUUGGCAGGUUCCCGUUUGACCCUGCGACUGCUGAGGUCAGUAAGGCGGAGUUUGUGCGGCGUGCGGGUCUGUCGCGUUGGGAGGACUUUAAUGUUACUGGUGAGGCGAGAGAGAAGGUGAAGGAGUCAUUUAGGGAGGCGUUGGGUGGUCUGGCGAAGAUUUUCAAGGAUGGUGGGCCUUUCGUACUUGGGAACAGAGCUAGCUAUGCGGAUUUGAUUAUAGGUGGGUGGCUGCGGAUGUUCCAUUCGACGAUGCCCGAGGGUGAAUGGGAGGAAGUGAGAGCUUGGCAUGGAGGGCUAUUUGGGCGGCUGUAUGAUGCUUUGGAGGUAUAUGCGAAGGUGUGA